GGCAGGCGGGCAAGAUGGCGCCCGGCGAGUGACUGUCUCCGGGUCCCUCCAGCGGCUGCGGAGACGCCGGGGCGGGGAGGGGUUCUGCCCCCGUGCUGCCAGCCUUCCUCCUGGCCCCCGCCUCCCCCCGCUCCCCCGGAGGAGGCCGCCUCCUUCCCUGGCCUCCUUCCACCCCCGGGGGGCGGGCCAGGUUUCCCGGGACACCAUGUCGGACUCGGAGGAGGAGAGCCAGGACCGGCAACUGAAAAUCGUCGUGUUGGGGGACGGCACCUCCGGGAAGACCUCCUUAGCUACGUGUUUUGCUCAAGAAACUUUUGGGAAACAGUACAAACAAACUAUAGGACUGGAUUUCUUUAUGAGAAGGAUAACAUUGCAAGGAAAUCUGAAUGUUACUCUUCAAGUUUGGGACAUAGGAGGGCAGACAAUAGGAGGCAAGAUGUUGGAUAAAUAUAUCUACGGAGCACAGGGGAUCCUCUUGGUAUAUGAUAUCACAAAUUAUCAAAGCUUUGAGAAUUUAGAAGAUUGGUAUACCGUGGUGAAGAAAGUGAGUGAAGAGUCAGAAACUCAUCCACUGGUGGCUUUGGUGGGCAAUAAAAUUGAUUUGGAGCAUAUGAGAACAGUAAAACCUGAAAAACAUCUCCGAUUUUGCCAAGAAAAUGGUUUUAGUAGCCAUUUUGUCUCAGCUAAGACAGGAGACUCUGUCUUCCUGUGUUUUCAGAAAGUUGCUGCAGAAAUCCUUGGCAUCAAAUUAAACAAAGCAGAAAUAGAACAGUCACAGAGGGUGGUGAAGGCAGAUAUUGUAAACUACAGCCAGGAACCUGUGUCGAGAACUGUUAACCGGCCUAGAAGCUCGAUGUGUGCAGUUCAGUGAGCACAUUUUUCUUUUGUAUUGAUGGUCCUGGCUGCCCUUCACCUCUGAGUGGGCCCAGGCUGUCCAGGAGCGUGUUUUAUCAGUGACCAUCUCUGUAGUUCAGCUCACACUUCCCUCCUGCUCCGUCCUCAUUAAGUGCUGCCUCACAGCCGCAGACAGCUCCUGGGAUGGAAAGAAUUCAACUGCGGGACCACACACUUUGAAAUCAAAAUGGAGCGCCCAUUCUCUGGAGUUAGAUUGCAUCAUUGAAAAAGAGUGAUGUUGUUUCUUUAUGUCUUCACUUCUUGUUUCCCUGAUGUAAUUGUUUUUAACCAAAUGUGCAAACCCCAGAUCUUGAUCAUCAGCCAGGAUUUUGCCAUAGCAUGGUUUCAUUCUCCUCUUGGAACUCAAUGUAUGUCAAGGUAUACUUCAGAGUGCAAAUAUUGAAGAAAGUAAUAUAUUUUACCUACAGUUACUUAAGAAGACAUUCCUUUGCUGUUUAUUGAGAGUGAAAUGUAUAAAGUUAUAUCUAACUAAAAAUGCUUGAGAUGAGGCUGUAAUAGAAAUAUUUUUUCAUUUUUUAACAAGGGGCCUAAAUUGUUUAUAUUGUAGUUUGUAACUCACAAAGUAGCGAGUAUUUGAUAUUGUAUUUUUCUUACUGUAUCAUGGUCAUUACAUAUUGUAUCAUAUUCAGCUUAGAUGGCUUUGUGAAUUUUGAUAAAUGUUCCACAUGGACGUUCUUUUACACCCUGCAUAAAAGUGCUCUCAGAACGAGCCCUGCCACCUUGUUGGGUCAGUGUGGAACAGACAGUACCUGAUGUCCAGAUGUUUUUCUCUCACAAAUAAAUUGGUUUAAAUUAC